GGGAGGAUAACACCCAAUAGCUGGAAUGGCGCCGCAAUUUCUAGAUGGGAAGGCUGGCUUCCCCCUUAGUGAGAGUGAUCGUCAGAUUCUCGCCCAGACGGACGACGAGUUUAUCUGCCACGACUGGCAGCAACUGAAGGACAUCAUAGCAAGUAAUCAGCUUGAACUGCUCAAGCGGAAACCAUCCGAUCUACGCCGAUACGCGGCAUGGAGCUCCACUAUCAAAGAGCGAUAUGGGAAUAUAGGAAACUUCAUAUGCAAAGAACGCUUGCAUUGGCCCAUAGACAGAGACCCUCAGACCUUAUGCCAGAACCCGACACCUUUCGCAGAUCCAAGGGAUUAUAAAAUUCUUCGGAAUGACUGGCCGUACGGCCUCGCGCCGGAUAUUACACAUAUGUGUGUAUGGAUUAAGAACAGGAUAGAUACUACUCCUGAAAAUGGAGAUGUCACCGAAGAAUCACGGGCGUUGAUUGACGAUUUCGUCCAUAGAACAUUUACGUCUCGUCUGAGUGGGUUCAGUGAUGCCGCUGAUAGAGUCAUAUGGUUUAAGAAUUGGACCGCCCUGCAGAGUGUAGGAUCUUUAGAGCAUAUCCAUGUGCUUGUGAGGGAUAUUCCUGAUAAAGUUAUUGUGGAGUGGACUGGUGAGGAAGCCAGGGAGCUCUCCCUGCCAAAUGGAACACCUUUGUAGAAAGUUAUAGAAUUUAUAUCGGC